UAACGGGUUGUCCAUGUUUAACCGGCACGAUUCGACGAACGACGACAACAGAAAGCGUACAGCGCGCAUCGCGAGGAUAGUAAGUUAACAGUUAGUGGGUCACUUGAAACAAACAGCAGCACUCGGGCCCUGGAUUCGUCAUCACCACCGCGCUCGCUGCUGCUGACCGAUAAAGACCGGCGCGUUUUAAAGUACUUUACAACAUGUUGAAACACGCUACCGGCCAGCGCUGCGCUUAAUACGUCAUCGCAUCGCAACUGAUGUAAGAAAACUGCGUCUCAUCCUGCCUCAUCUCAUCGCUUAUCGGGUUGUUUACGAAACGCAGAAAGGGUGUGUCUGGAGAGGGCGAGAUUCUCACAGUGUACGCACUAGCACACCCAUAUGAACGCUCGAUCGCACACCUUUGCGUUGAAGCUGGAACCCUGCCAGCUGGAGGAAGCGGUCGCAAGCAUCUUCCACACCGUCCUCUUCCAUCGCAGUCUCGGUAAAUUCCGUAUCAUCGACCAGGCAUCCUAUACGGCCGGUUCACUCGGCUACCAGGAGGUAGACUGCCAACUGAUCGAUCUCACGUACAUCCGCUGCAGCUCGCAGUCCCUCGACGAGACAGUAGGCCGCCAGCUAGUCGCCUUCUCGCGGCAACUGCACACCGGCACCGGGGGCCAGAUAAGCUUGGAAUUUUACCAACGACGUCGGAAUCGCUGGCACACUUAUCAGACGGCGGCCAGCUGUUUUCCGUGGGAAGUAUGGUCGCUCCAGCUCGAGCUGCUGGAGCUGCGAGACGAACGCGAGCGAGAGCUUUGCCGGGACCGGCUGGGUGAUACGCUGCGUGAAAUAAUCUGUGGCAUCGUGGAGCUGGUCGGACGCGAUGACUAUCUGCCGGAUGUACCGUGCCGCAGCGAGCUACACACGGUCUACGACACGAGCUAUCCCGAUGUCCAACCGUACCUGUUCCAGUUCCGCAACACAACGCAAGGUGCGUCGACGGUUCCAUCGUUUGGGGCAGCCGUUGGAAAGACGCUCCAGAAGCUGAUGGAUCCGUUUGGAUGAUUCAACGUUGAUAUUAGCAAACAGCUAGUGUUUAAGUGAAAAAAAACUGCGCAAAUUUCGCGAUCCUCUUAUUCUAUCUCAAUCACACUCGAUCUGUCUACAAAUAAAUCAAACGAAAAUUUAUGGCUCG